AUGAAAUGUCAUAAAUGUUCAUCCGUAUUCCAAGAUCCUUUUCAACUUGCUUGUGGACAUCGGCAAUGUCGAUUAUGCAUUGAUAAACAAGAAGGCACUAGGAUUAAGUGUAUCGAAUGUAAUGAAGAAACGUCACGCGAAGAAAAAAAAAUAAUAAAAGGCCUUCCAGUUAAUGCAAUAAAAUCAAAUAUUAAUAAAACAACAAAUGAUAGUUCAUGUGUAUCAUCAAUAGUCCCGUCAAAUCGAUUAUCAAUACAAAAUUCACAUUCAAAAGUUUCAAUAGUAAAUAAUGUUAAUACAAAACAAAAACAAAAUCAAAUUCAUCAUCAAUUAAUUCAACAAAUCAUUCAACAUUAA